AUGGAUGACAACGUUAAACAACACUAUUUGGCCGACUCGCCCCCUUCCGUCGUCAAGCUAGAGAUCAAGGCACAUUGGGAUACCCUGAAGGAUGAGAGCUUGAAGCGAUAUGCUCAUUUUAUGAGCAGAGCUGCUUUCGAAGGAACUCGUGUUACAUUGCGUCAAGUCUCGCCCGAAUCCGAACCCAUCUACGACCUCAUCCUUGCUCUGCACCGUGCUGCCAAUGGAGAUUGGGCCGGUCUGGCGAAGAAGACCUCCGUCAGCGACGAACAUCUCCGUUUCUUUCUCGAAUAUUCCGCCCAGUUCCUGGGUAACUGUGGUAACUACAAAGGCUUUGGUGACUCCAAAUUCAUUCCCCGUCUACCAGCUUCGGCCCUGGAGGCCCUUUCGUCCUCCACACCGGAGACCAAGGCUGCUUUCCAAAAGGCGAGCACCACUGGGGGUGGCAUCUACGAAACUGCUGAGCAGUCAUUGAUGCACUUGGGAUACCCUGCUAGUGGACAUAUGACAACUUACUACCCUGACUCACCCUCCAUCACCAAGGAUGAAAUCACCGCUGUUGGAGAUCUCAUGGAGAAGAAGGGGCUGGCAUUGGAGAACACAAGACUGCGCAAGACCUCGUCAGGCGACUUUGAACUUUUGAUUGCCUCUGGCGUAUCAAACCCACCUGCACGGGAUCGCGACUUGGGCGAGACCGACACUUUUGACCUGGAGGGAUCUCUCAAGGGCAAGACCUUGCGUCUUGUCUUUGGUGAUUACCAGGAGGAAAUGGCUAAGGUUGCCCACAGCAUUAAGCAAGCCGAACUCAAUGCGGCCAACGAUAAUCAAAAGCGUAUGUUGGAAGCGUAUGCUCGUCACUUUGGUGCUGGUUCCAUCGAAUCCUUCAAGGAGAGCCAGCGUAUCUGGGUGAAAGACCAGAAGCCUAUCCUUGAAACAAACAUUGGCUUCGUAGAGACCUACAGAGACCCCCAUGGUGUGCGUGGAGAGUGGGAGGGUUUCGUUGCACUAGUCAACCUUGAACGUACCCGGGCAUUCGGAACCUUGGUCGACAGCGCUGAGAGCAUGAUCCCUAAACUUCCCUGGGGCACCGAGUUUGAGAAGGAUACGUUCCUCAGCCCCGACUUCACUUCUCUGGAGGUUCUGAGCUUUGCCUGUUCGGGCCUUCCCGCCGGUAUCAACCUUCCCAACUACGAUGAUAUCCGUCAGAAUCUAGGCUUCAAGAACGUUUCCCUGGGCAAUGUUCUCAGCGCAAAGGCUCCCAACGAGCCCAUCCCCUUCAUCGCCGAACAGGACCAAGAGGUCUACCGCCGAUGCCGCGACCCGGCAUUCGAGGUCCAGGUUGGCAUCCACGAGCUACUCGGCCACGGAACCGGCAAGCUACUUCAAGAGACUGCGCCCGGCGAGUACAACUUCGAUAUCUCCAACCCUCCCAUCAGCCCUGUCGACAACAAGCCCGUUAAGACCUGGUACAAGCCCGGACAGACCUGGAGCUCUGUAUUCGGCGCUAUCGCCUCGUCUUACGAAGAGUGUCGCGCUGAGUGCGUUGCGAUGGCCCUGGGCUGCGACUUUGAAAUCUUGAAGAUUUUCGGUUUCGGUGACGGUACUGUUGAUAUGGACGGCGAGGCUGGAGAUGUCCUCUUCGCAGCCUACCUCCAGAUGGCUCGCGCUGGACUGGUCGCCGUUGAGUUCUGGGAUCCCAAGACUCAGAAGUGGGGACAGGCUCACAUGCAGGCCCGCUAUAGUAUCUUGCGUACUUUCCUGGAUGCCGGUGAUGACUUCGUCAAGUUGCACUACACCAAGGACGACCUGUCAGACCUCGAGAUCCGCUUGGAUCGAUCUAAGAUUCUCUCCCACGGCCGCCCGGCUGUUGAGAAGUAUCUCCAGAAGCUUCAUGUUUACAAGAGCACGGCGGAUGUCGUGGCGGGCAAGGGCCUGUAUGAUGAAAUCACCUCGGUUGAUAGCUGGUGGGCGUCUCAAGUCCGUGAGGUUGUUCUCAAGAACAAGGUUCCUCGCAAGGUCUUUGUCCAGGCUAACACUAUCCUGGAGGGCGACAAGGUGACCCUGAAGGAGUAUGAGCCCACACUGGAGGGUAUUAUCCAGAGCUUUGCGGAGCGCAAUGUGUAA